CACUGACCUACUUAAACAAUCUAUUCACCCGCCCUUUUCUAGUCACAUGCUGGUUUUGUUUAUUUAAAUGUACGGACCCAAAACUAGUCAUGACCUUCAUAUUACCCGUCAGCAGCAGCCUAAUUAAGGAAUCGGGAUAGCAGAGCUGAACAGGCUUGUGAGUAAAAUACGAUUUUUAAUACUUCUGUUUAAUUCUGUAAAAAAAAAAAUCUAUUUGCAGGGCUCGAUCACACAAACGGUGUUCAUGUAGGCCUACUUAUUUAUUUCGUGAGUGUUCGUGGGUGGUGGUGUCCUGUAAUCUUGAGUGAGUUCCCAAAUAACCCCCCCCCCCCGAACUUGACCCCCUGAAUAUCCGCCCGUCACAAUAUGACGAUGGUGAAGUGAAGCCCUCGCAGGACGAAAUCACAAGUGGGUGGUGGUGUCCUUUAAUCUUGAGUGAGUUCCCAAAUAACCCCCCCCCCCCCCGAACUUGACCCCCUGAAUAUCCGCCCGUCACAAUAUGACGAUGGUGAAGUGAAGCCCUCGCAGGACGAAAUCACAGGGCCUGGGAUUUAUUCUUUGGGACUUUGGAGGAUAAACUAGUUCCCUAGACAGCAAAUCACCUCUUUCCACCCAUGGCAUCUGGUGAACCCAAGGGAACAUGUGUGGAUGAUGCAGCCUGGCCAGGGACGUAUUUUGGGUAGGGCAGGGUGGGGCAUUCGCCCCCUCCCCUCAAUUUGCAGGUUUUAUUUAAAUUGCUAUGUAAUGUGGUGCCUCCAGUAAUAAACAACAAGCCGACCAAGUUUUGCCCCCACCCCAUGGGCGUCCGCAGAAAACUUUCUAGGGGGGGGCGCAAAAAAAUCGAUUACCUUUCUAGGGGGUGGCAAACAAUUUUUAGUAAUGUUUUAAUGUAGUUUUAAUUUACUGUAGCGUAUUUGUAUGGUGAACGAACGGACAGGACAUCAGCUUAGUUACUUUCUCUUUAUUUUCUCUUUACUUUAAUACAUUUUUUGUCUAUNAAAAUCGAUUACCUUUCUAGGGGGUGGCAAACAAUUUUUAGUAAUGUUUUAAUGUAGUUUUAAUUUACUGUAGCGUAUUUGUAUGGUGAACGAACGGACAGGACAUCAGCUUAGUUACUUUCUCUUUAUUUUCUCUUUACUUUAAUACAUUUUUUUGUCUAUUUUUGUCUAAAUUUUUUACCCAAUCAAUCCAGGGGGGGGGGGCAAGUGCCCCCUUGCCCCCCCCUGCGGGCGCCAUGCCCCCCCCCCCCUUGGUGAUGCUAUUGUUUUUGCCUGUCUAAGCUGUGCAGGGGCUCAAACUCCACAAGCUUGGAAUUUAUGUGAUUUUAAUGGAACAGUCAUCCAUUUAAGUAUUAAUUAUUUAUUAAAUAUUGCGUUAACCAAAGACAGCAGGCUUUCGAAUUUGCGAUGAUUCAAUGGACUUCUCUCUGUUUACAAAUGAUUGAUAACCAGUAUGAGCCGACAUUUACCUUAGACUACUUACAUGUAGAAUUUAGAAAAAAAUGAGAUGUGAAUUGACAGUCAAGGCCAGCCUAAGGCUAAUAGUAACAAAUACAACUUAAUGCAUUUACAAUAGCUGAUUAAAUGCAUGGUCUAAAGACAGCAUCAGCAUGAUAAUAAGGCCUCAGCAAAUUGCUAAUAACAAUAAAUAUAAUCAAUGGAAUAUUUAUUCCUGUAACAUUUUUAUUGUAUGCACAUAGUAUGGCAUAAGGCAUGAUGGACAUACCGUUAGCCUAUAUCUAGGCCAAACUUACUUGACUGACGUUGGCUUGAUACGAGGAUAAAAAUGGGUCAUACUUUUGACCCCAAGCAGAAAUAUUGCUUAGUCAUAGUGAACUUCGUUUAUUUUAAAAGAUCCAAGGAAAGGGAUUUUAGUUUUAAAACCCCAGAAAAACUCAGCUCUAACACAACGCAAUAAAACUAGUUUUAUGUUACGUAUUUCAGCUUUGGUCAUGGCAGUCUUACCCAUGUCCAUGUCAAAACAUGUUGAUCAAUGGGCAUAGGAAAAAUAAAUUAAAGCUUAUUAUAAUGAAUCCGAGCGAAUGCUUAUUGGAGACAAAAAAAUAAUAAAUAAAAAACAUGGUUAUUAUUACUAUUAGAAUUCGGGCAAGCGUCUACCUUUAAUUUUAGGCUUUCGAUUAUAAGUAAUUAAUUCUAAUUUUAUUAUAAUUAUAAGUUAUAAGCUGUGCUGCACAUUCUGUUUCAACUCAGUGUCAACUGGUUAUUAAUAAUGAUCGUCAUUUUCAUACUGAUUUAAUUAUUUUAAUGUAAAUAUUAAACUGUAUUCAUGACAAUUAUAGCCUUAAAAUAAUUAGUUUCUUCUAUCAUUAAUAAAUAUCAUUUACAUUUCAUUGUAAAACUUUUUGCGAUUUAAUUUUAAUAACCUACUACACACAUUGAACCGGGCGUCAUUAUUAUUAUUUUUAAAAAAUCUUUAUAACCGUCUGAGUCUGAAAAAAAUUCAUUCGUCGAAUGUGACAUUAAUUGAAUCCAUUGAUGACGUCAUGUUAUCUGUUGCGUGACACUUUUUCUUUUAUGUAUUUAGUUAUUGAGGGGCGGAAUUUUCGGCGGUCGCCUGUAGUUUUUUCCCCGUAUUAGCAUCAGGGGGAGGGUUGGGGGGGGGUGGGGCAACAAUCUUGACCCGCCCCAGCUUAGGUGGCACUAAAUCUAGCUACGCCACUGCCAGGCCUAAUAAAAUGUGAAAGAAAGUCAUUGUUACUUGUUGUCAAUGCAGAAGGAUUAAAAUUACUGUUAAUGUUAUCUUCACUGUUUUGGCAUAUUCACAGUAUUUUUAGAAGUAAACAUUUAUAAAAUAAACAAUUGGGCCUAUAGGUAAAUCUCGCGGACUCAUGAUUAUUAUGAAGCGAGAUAAUUUGUUAGCUUGGCAAAAAUGUCAACAAUCAACGACACAGAAGUAUGAAGUAAGUGUAAUACCCGAUUUUAACGCUCACAUGUCCGUAUUUUAACAAAUAUAGUAACGGUAAUGUAGUCUCAUAUUUUUCCAAAUCAAAUUAGCCUACUUUUCUUUCUUUCUUUUUUUUUCCUAUUUUAAAAAUUUUAUACAAACCAACCACCCAGAUAUUUUAGGAAAAAAGCCCAGAUGUGGUAGGAAUACUAUAGCCCAACAGUGGCCAGUGGCAUUGCUGGUCGUGGUGCUCAAAUACAAUACUAAUACAUUCUUAUCUAAUAAACCAGGGGUUUUAACCAUGGGUGCCUUCACUCCUCUAAUGGGGGGGGGGGGGGCAUGAGGUGCGGGAAGACCCAGAAAAUCGUGUUUAAAUAUAAAUUUUUUAAAAAUUGUGUGUGUGUGUAAUAAGGCCUAGAUCUAUAUGACUUUUUUAGCCCCACAAGGUAAUAGUCAUACAUAAUGUUUAUAGGCUUUAAUAACAUCACUCAUCAGCCACAUGAUACGUAAAGUAAAAUUUAAUAAGUUGCUGCUAUAGUACAAUUUUUUUACAAAGUCGCUGGUCAUGCGUCGCUGGUCAUGCGUGUGUGUGUGUGUGUCCGUGGGGGGGGGGGGGCAGCCAUUUGAAGAUUAUUAUUUGGCAGGGGAGCAUUUAGUGUCUGGGGAAAAUGUAGCCUAUUUAUAUUUCAAAAAGGAAUGUGAAAAUAAAUGGGACAAUAAAAUUUGUCUGAUGAUCAGGUGGGUCAUGGGGUGGGGGUUGGGGGGUGGACAUCGCUCAGGACACAAGUUUCUAUAAAUAAUCAAAUGGAAAGCACUGUUAUUGCUAUAAUUAUAUAAUGGGUAAUUUUCAGGUUAAUGGUAGGCCCAUUGAAUGAUUUAGAGACAGAGACAGAGUGUUAAUGCUGAGGUAGAUCUACUCUUUCUGAUACCGUGAAAUGGCAGAGGGAAGAAGUAAAACAAAAUGUGAUUGUGCCUUACUGUUAAUUGUCUAGUUUAAAUAAUAAAAUGACAAUUAGUCACUUGCAUAUCAUGAUAAUAAAUGGGCCUAUAACAAAUGCCUUGCCACCUUGGAUUAUUAUCACAGAAUGCCUUUGAUUGUCACAAGACUUUAAGUAGCAAUGACGUAUAGUGCACUUCCUCUGUAAACAUAAGUGGUGCUUUAUAUACACGAUUCUAGCAGACAUAAUAAUACUGUAUACAUUAAACACAAUCUGAUUAGUAUGAAGUGUGUAGUCUACUUUAUUACAGGUGAUAAGUGAUGUAGAGGUUUGAAAUUAAUCAUUGUAUAAUUUUAGUUAUUGUGUUAUCAAACAUAUUCUGUAAAAUUUUUCUUAAACUAAUUUGAUUAUGGCUGAAUAUGCUCUAUCAGGUCAUUGCUGUUUAUAAAAUGGGAUUAUUAAGAUAAAUGAAUUUGUGUAACUGAUUAUUGACCACUGUUUCUAUUUUUAUAAAUUUUUCCAAAAUAUUAAAAAACUCAAAAGCCAUUCUCCUGAUUUAUAUCAUCAGAAUGUUUUUCAAAUGUUCUUCUUUAGGAUGCCAAAAUGUGCUUGAUUCUGUACCAUAACAAAGUUAAAGAAAGAUAAAACAACUACACAAUUAUUCAUUAUGAAACGAGCGGAUAAAGAUCAGGAGAGGGCACCACUGAUAAAGCACCAUUUGUGGCGGUCCCUGACUAUCAGUGAUGAAGAUGGGGAAUACAAGGAAAGGGAAAUUGGAAGAGGGAGAGUUCAUGUUAAAUAUGAACCAAAAGUAAGUUAACUUCAAAAGUCUCCAGUGUAUUUUUUUGAAAUAACAUUAUUAAGUUUUAACAACAUAUAUACAAUUGUUAAAGGUGAUUCAUUAAAUUAGAUACAUUUUUUUCAACUAGCUGAUGCUGGAUGGGUGACAAAUAGAAAAGAAACCCAAUAGAAUAAGUGAAUGAAUUUAAAAAAAAAUCAAAAUUAAUUGAUAUAAAGAUAUGAAUUUUAUCAAUGACAACUUUCUUUCAGUAAUUGUUAUGAAUGAAUAAAGGCAACAAUUUUUAAAGAAUUGUUAAGUCCAGAGACUUACUUCAUUCACUGUAUUUCUUCUUUCCUGAUCUGAUUUAGGUACCUAUGUUCAGUCCUCACCAAUUGGCCAUAGUUCUGUGUGUGCUUUUUGUAGAGCUCUGUGAACGUAUGGCCUUUUAUGGAGUCAAUGCAAAUCUAGUUCUCUUCUGCACCAGCAUUUUAGACUUUACUAGCAAUGAAGCCACAACUGUCAGUCUUAUUUUCUCAGGUAGGCCUACAUUUAAGAUGCUUCUAUAUUUAUGCAAUGGUUUAAAGUGCAUAUCAUAGAUUCAUAAUCAGAUAUCUUGAAGGCAUCCAAAUUUUCUGGAAUAAAUUUAUUGCACAUGUUAUCAGUUGUUAAUGUUAGCAAUUAAAUGGAAGCUGAGUUUAAAAAAUAAAUAGUGCUGAAUGCAAGGGGUGGAUGACUUAUGACAACAAAUAAUUCCUACUAGUCUUUCAGCAUUUAAAGGAUAAUUUAAUUAAGAAAAAGAUUUUCUUCUUUUAUCAGGAUCUGUGUAUUUAAUCCCCAUUCUUGGAGGCUUUAUUGCUGACUCUUGGUCUAACCGAUUCAAUGUCAUAUUUGGAUCAGGAUUGAUUUAUUUCUGUGGUUAGUAGGCCUAAUAUAUUUUAUCAUUGAAUUAAACUUAGAAAAUCAUUACUAUAGAUUACUUCUGCUGUAGAGCUAAUUAUUACCUGCUGGUGAUGGGUUUAAUAAAGAUAUAUUUAUUAAUUUUGUAUGUUUACUAGUUCUGACAACUGGAAAUGGUUUCUAGUUUUAUUAAAUUCUUGUGCUUAUACAUAAUAUUGUACACUUUUUAUAUUUUGUGUGCCUUUCUGUUCUUCUCCAUGACAGGGCUAUUUUUAGUUCUUUGUGCUGCUAUUGAUUACAACAGCUUAUUUAAUGAUUCCAGCCUUAUUGUAGAAGUGGUAAGACCAUUUAAGAUUUAUAUUAAACAUAAACCAACUAUUGUUGAAAUUCUGGGAUAAGUAUUAAUGAAAAUAAAUAAAUAAAAAAAAAAAUAUUUGAAUAAAUGAAGUAACCUACCCCUAUACAAACAAAACUAAAAGCACUUAGAAUUAAAUUUAUAGGACAAGCCAUUACAAAGAAGGAGGAAAAUUUAUUUACACAUUAUUACAUUGGGAUAAGGCUAGGACAGUUAAUAAAAAUUGAUAACAACACACCCCAUUACAUGGGAAGAAAACAAUAGGAGUUUCAUAUGGCAUGCAUUCAAGCAUAAAAAGGCAACGAAACACUUAUACACAAGACAACUAAAGAAAUUUACACACAUUUAAUAAAGAAACAAGCAACAUCACUCUACAAUAGGAUAAAAUGGACACAUGUUUAUGGAACAAUAAACACUAAGAAUACAUUUAAAAAUACACACAUUAAAGAAAUCGAAAAUAAAGAAAAAGAAAUAACAUAUAGACUCAUAUACAACAUGACACCAGUAUCAUCAAGACCAUAAGGACAGGGUUAGGCACAUGGAAUGUCCACUCUGCAGGACAGGGGCUGAUGAGACAGAACAACAUUUAUAUCUGACAUGCAACACAAUAUUGCAGACUAAAUCUACACUUAAACAAAUCAUACAAGCAGGUACAGUUCACCCAACUAAACACAAUACCAGCAUCCAUAAACAAGAAACAACACACAAUAAGUCUGAUAUUACUUUCACAAUACAGAAAACAUGUAUGGCACCACAGACUUAAGGCUUUUUUCCACAAACAUAAUUACACAGACAUUACAUUAGAAACACUUUUUAGAUUUAAAAUACAAAACAUAAUUCAAAACAUAUGUUAAGAAAUAUUAUGACAAAUAAUACAUUCAUAGUUUAUCAUUCCAACUCAUUUAGACAUCAUGUUAACAAAUUAGUAAUUUACACAAAUAUUUAAUUUAGUACACUCUAUGAUAAUGUUAACAUUUUGUUUAGUUCAAACUUCAGAAAAUUUGCCUGUCAUUAUUUUAGUUUUACUCUGUAUAUGUAUUGAAUUAUUUUGAAUAAAAAAAAAAGUGGACCUUUAAAAAAAAACCAAAAAAAAAAACCUACCCCUAUAUGUCAUUGCUUAAUUUUUGAAAAAUACACAAAGGGUAGGGAAAAACCUGAAGGAUAAUAACAGAAAGGGAACAUCCCUGCCAAAAGCAAAAACAGUUAAAGAUAGAGACAAACACUUUUAGCUUGUUUUAUAGAUAUGUAGUCUACAGGAAAUGGUAGACAUAGUCAACUAUGGAAGUGACCCACGAAAUCAAAGAAUUUGCUUCUAUGAAAUUAACAGGAGAUGUAAAAGAUUAGAUAUAAAUUAAUAAGUAAAUAAAUUAGAUAAGAUGAGAGGGAAAUAGAAGAUUGCUAUAAAACAACAAGAACUGCAUAGUUAAUGCUAGCAAGGGUGUUGGAUAUGAGGCAAAUAUUAUGGAAAGAAAACAAAAGGUAAAUGGGUUCUUGCUUUACCUACACAUAUUUGGAACACAAAGAGAGAGAGAAUAGUAUCAGCUUGCUCUUGCCUGACAGAGCAUAUUUAUGGAUUCCUUGAUGGUGCUUUCCAACCCAUUCUAGCUGGCUUGCAAACGUUCAAACACGCUUUUUAACAUUUCAGUCCCUCAAUAUUUCUCCUAACAACACCUACUGUUUCUUCUUGAUGUCUGCUUCCUUUUGGCUCAAAAUUUCACUUUGUAUUAUUGCCCUUCUUCAGGUUUUACCCUAUUCAUUGUGUAUUUAUUAUUGCUUCAAGAUAAACGCAGUCCUUGUAUUUCUUUUAAUUUUUAAAAUAGUAAUUUGAUUUAGUUUUAGUGAAAGAUGCAGAAAAAAUUGGAAUGUUCUUUUUGUUUGGCUUUCCUUAAAUUAUUGCAACUAUAUUUAAGUUAUUAAAAUUUACAGGAUUUUCACUCACAAAAUAUGGUCUUUCUUUUCAGGAAACUCGUCGCAUAUUUUAUAUUAUUGGAUUAGUGCUUGUGGCCCUGGGAACAGGUGGUAUAAAAGCAAAUGUUGGGUUAUUUGGGGCACAGCAGGUACAAGAUUUAGGGGCACAAGCUGUUCAAGUUUAUUUUAAUUGGUAAGCUGUUUGAAUCCUAUUUCAGUAUGUUUACAUCCUUUCUUUUUUAUGGUCAAGUGAGUUAUUGUCGGUUCCUUUAUAAAUUUGGUUUUAAUGGAAAUUUCUUGAUUUUUUAAUUUUUAAAUUUUUAAUUUGAUCCUAGAAAAAUAUUAUUAACGAGGGUAUCUUUACAACCAUGAUGCAAUAUAUUAAUAAUUGUAAUUUAAAAUUUUUAUAGAAGAAAUAGUUACAAUUUUAAGCUACCUGUAGAAAAUGUAGGCUAAUAUCUAUUAUUAGUAAAUUUGCAUUUUAAAAAUGGCUGAGGCAAAGGGUUCCUAAUAUUUUUGCAGUGCCGCAACCCUGACGAUGUCAAAACAUUUUAUGCACCCCCAUCUCAAUUUCAAAAAAAUACAUUCUGCAGCCCUCACCAGAAAAAAAUGCAAAUAAAACCUCAUUCUCUGACUCUUCCUCCUACAACCCCUAUAGGGUUUGAGUACCCCUGGUUAAGAAACCCUGGAUUAGGUGAAGCCCACACAUAAAAACAACUUGUUGGCUGUUUAAAAUAAUUUACAUGCACUAUCCUAGCUUCUAAUGAGCUAACUUGUUCAAAUAAAAAGCUUAAGAGUUAAUGAGACUAGUUUUUAUUAGUUGGCUAUUAACUUCCAUUUCUUUAAAAUAUUGUACCAAUGGUAAUGUGUUUAAGUAUGCAUUUUUUAUCAUUAACACAUUUAUAUUUUUAAUUGAAAUUAAAAAGUUAGUUCAAGUUAACAUACAUUUGAUUGACUUCAACUACUUGAAGCUUUAAGAUUGAAAAUAAAAGAAAAUGAAGAAAACAAAAUUAUAUAUUUACAUUUAAACAUAGUGAAAAUGUUGUCAUGUUGAUUGUUAUUUAAGUUAUUUGCUGGACUUUAUGCUGAAAAUAAGUUUUUAUUCAACAGGUUUUACUGGUUCGUUAAUGCUGGUGGUCUAAUAGCAUUCUCCGCUAUAGCUUAUGUCCAGCAAAAUAUCAGCUUUACAUGGGGUUACUUUAUUCCUCUGGUUUCAAUUCUCCUUUCCAUAAUUUUACUAAAUAUUGCCAGAUCUCACUACAUCUACAAACCAGGACAAGGUAUUUAACAGUUUCUUCACCCUCCAAGUCCAAGUGGACAAAGCAUAUUUAAAUAAAAAUAGUUUUGAAAAUGUUUCUGAUAAGAGAAACAAAUUUUUAAAAACUUAUUAGUUUCAUUUUAAAAGGAUGCCUAUUUAUUGAUGACGUCUUAUAUUGCAAAAUGAGAUUAACAUACUUAUACUAUCACUAUUUACUGCAACUAUUAGUUACCAUUACCAUAUUAGUUAUCCAGAUCAAUAUAAAUUAGGCUACAACAGUAUGACAGCAAAAUAUACAAUCAACAAUAGCCUCUAUUGCUUUAAUUAAGUGAAUUACUUAAGAUUCUGAUUUCUUUUAAUUUUGAGAUCUUUGUCUAAUGUAAUAUGUAUAAUCUUUAUAAAAUGAAUAUAACUCCAUUAUUUUGUUUUUUUUAUUAUCUUAAGGUAGUGUUUUAGCUACAUCAUUCAGGGUCUGUGGACAAGCUUGCUGCAGAAAGUCACCUGAGAUAGAUGGAAAACGUAAGAUAUUUGAUUCAGCUCGGACAGACUAUGGGGGAGACUAUGACAAUGUCACUGUUGAUGGUGUUAUUGCAGUCCUACGAGUCCUACCAAUAUUCUUUUUUGUCAUCAUGUUUUGGGCUAUUUAUUCUCAGGUACUUUCACUAUCAUCACUGAAAACAUGUUUGUGUGUCAUAAGCAUCUCAUAUAUAUAGUUAAAAAAAAAAAAAUCCACGAACACCUUAUAUAUUUCUGAUUUUGAUAAGUUUCAAAUUUAUAACUGAAAAUCAAAGCUUUGUCUUUGUAAUUGCUUUUUUAAACAAAGACUUCAUGCUUAAUUGCAAGGUUCUAACUUGCUACCGUAUUUCUGGUUUGUUAUUCAAGACAUUUUAUUUAUUUAGGAAUAAUGUUAUUAAGUGAGCUGGAUCAUUUGGCUUGAUACAUUAUUAUUUAUAUAGGUACUGUUUGAUUUAUACAUGGACUGUUUGAUUUGAUGCAAUAUUGAGUCAACUUUUUAAUUGGUUUGAAUUUAGUAAAGUGUCACUCUAAAUAUAAUUGUUUUUUUUAAACAUUCACAAUUGUUUGUAGACUAUUUAGUAAUAAGAUGAUUAUUUCAACAGAUGCAGUCAACAUAUUUCUUACAAGGGGAGAGAAUGGAUUUAAAUGUUGGAGGAGGGCAGAUUCCCGUAGCUAUGUUGAAUGUUUUCAACACCGUAGCUGUAUUAUUGUGCAUCCCCAUUCUUGAUAGAUUAAUCUACCCUUGCUUUCAACGUAUGGGCAGGCCCCUACGGUAUAUGCAUCGAAUAGGUGGGAAAAUUAUUUAUUUAUCUAUUCUGAGUCGCUACCUGAAAAUAAAUCACUUAUAACUUCUGGUGUUAUAGUUUAUGAAAUAUUACUUAAAGUUAAAGGUAAUUUUAAUGUGUUUAAAUACAACUUUUGUCUUAAUAGAGUAAAAUAAUAUAUUAUAUAUUCUAAACAUGUUCUUGUCCUGUCUUAUACUUAUAUGAACAGGUAUUGGUCUGAUCUUGUCUGCCCUGUCAGUGUUUGUAGCUGGCUGGGUUGAAAUUGAGAGAAAAAAAGUUUUGGGCUUCACCCAGAUAGUUGGAGAUGAAACUUUUUUUGCUGCAAAUAUGACAGUUUUUGUUCAAGUCCCACAGUUUAUGCUAGUUGGGGCUGGUGAAGCUUUCACUAAUAUUGCAGGUAAUGUUUAUGCUUACGCUCUUUAAAUAGCAUAGUUACCAUUACGAUCUGCCCCAUAAAAUCUACUAUUUGCAUUUACUGUAAUAAUAUUCUUUAAUGUUAAAUAUUGAGAUUCUGUGUUAAAAUACAUGUGCUAUUUCUGUUUUGGAAAGGAGUCAUAAGAAAGCCAACUGCAAUUAAUUUGAGAACCUAGUUGCAGGUAUCUUUCUUUCCUACUGUGAUUUUGCAGCAAAUCUGACUUUUUCCUCCAUGGUGCACAUCAUAACUGAUGAUAAAAAUAAAGUUUACCAGAAAGCUCUUGUCUUACCUGAAAUCUAAAAACUCAUCAAUUUCACAAAAGACUUGUAUUAGUUAUUAUAGGUUGAUAACUCUUACUUACAAGAGUUAUCACCUGCUCGUGUCUAGGGGUUUUAUCUUUGGAUUAAAAACACACACAAAGAGAUGCAAUUUCAUUCUUAUAAACUUACAUAUAAUUUAAAAGAAGUAUAAACCAGUGGCAUAAUUUGAAUGGAACUUAUUUAUUUACAUUAAAUUUGUUAUAUAAGAAUCACAAAUCUUAUCAUCAUGAAAAUCAAUAGACAUUUCAUCAUCAUAAGUUGCUUUGUAAUGCCGGUACGACAAAUAUGCUCUGUUUACUUCCUAUCUUAUUAUUAUUAAUAUAAUUGAUGAUCAUAAUAGAUCUAUAAAUGUAUGAGGUCACUUCUUGGGUCCCAGUGGAUCCACCAGUCUUUUCCUUCAUGCUGUCUCAGGGUGGUAACAAAAGUGGACUUCCAAGCUGUACAUUGUGGAAUAGCCUUGAAGGCUGUACUUUGUGGGCUGAACCUCCCAGCAGUGUGUCAUGGGUGCAGAGUCCUAGAAACUUGCAGUCUUAUUUCAUGCAAGCUCACAGUUUGGGAUACGGAUGUGUUGUUCUGGGCAUACGCCUCAGAAUCAGACCUCAGGGCUUAUCCUCAAUCCAGUUGCUAAGAUGCAUUGGUUUCUUUGAUACAGCAACUCAUAAUUAUCUAUAUAGAUAUAUAUAGAUAUGUAUAGAUAUAGAUAUAGGGUUGAAAGAGGAGGCUCCUCUCCUCACUUUCUCAAGUUGGGGAGGGAUGUGGACUAUCCAACAGUUCAUUGUGGAAUUGCCUUUCCAGUGUAACGUGGUGAGAUUUAGAGUCCUUGAAAUUUGCAGUCCUAUCAAUUGCAGGUUCUCUGUAAGAUACGGUAUAUGAAUGUGUAGCACUGGGCGAGCUCCUCUGAAACAGACCUCAGGGCUUAUCCUCAAUCCAUCAUGGUUUUAGAAUUUUAAGGCCCAGCCUGAUUUCAUGACAAUCAACUAAAUAAUUAGGUUACUUGUAUAAGUAAAGCUAAAUUACUAUCGGGUAUAUUAUAGUUUGUGAGCUCACUGUACAAUUGAAAAAAAAAAAUUCUAUGUAUUUCAAUAUGCAUGAAUUACAGGUUUGGAGUUUGCCUAUACUCAAGCCCCAAAGAAUAUGCAAGGCUUGAUCAUGGGAAUUUAUUUGGCAACAAAUGGCAUUGGAAACUAUGUCAGCACUGCCAUUAUUGCAAUUAUUGAGACAACCACAGAGGAUGGUAAGUCAACAGAUUGUAGUUUGGAAAAAAUUAUAAAGAGGCUUUAUUUUAAAUUGAUCUUUAGCAUAUCAUGUCAUGUAGUGCCAUCCAUAAAUUAUCAUGCUAUUUUGGCAGAAUUUUUACCCCCGCCCAGUUAAAAACAUCACAAGUUUGUGACCAUUAUUUAUGGAUGAUCCUUUUAAAAAAUAAUUUAUUAAUAUUUGUUGGUUACAACAUGUUAGGGUGAACAGACAUAUCAAAACAUUAUUUUUCCAUUUUCUUCCUUUGUCCCUUAUGUGUGAUAAGUUUACCAAGCUAAUUUUGUAUGUGAUAAUUUUACCAUUAUUACCCAGCUAAUUUUGUAUGUGAUAAGUUUACUAAGCUAAUUUUGUAUGUGAUAAGUUUACGAAGCUAAUUUUGUAUGUGAUAAGUUUACCAAGCUUAUGUUGUAUGUGAUAAGUUUAUCAAGCUUGAAAAGUUAAGGAUUCGUGUUGUGGAAUCCAGUAGCGUAGCUAGGGUUGGUGUCACCUGGUGUGGUAAACUCAUGGUUCACGCCCCAUACCCCCACCCCACCCGACUUACAGGAUAAAAGGUCAAGAGGUAAAUGUAUUUAAUAACUAUAACAUGUAAAUGGAAUCACCUGACCACAUCGUAUUUGGUAUCAAUGGAAAGCUUUAUUUUUCAGAAUUUUGAUAAACAUAGCUUCCAGUCACUUACGAAAGUUACAGAACACUUCAAUCGGCGUUGAAUCAUGGUCAAAGCAUUUUUAAAAUAAUUUUCUAACCCUAAUUAUAGGGUUACCUCAUUGCCGACACAUCAACCUUGAACUUUUAAUGAGAAGUGUAUUCUCUUUAAAUAAGCAAAUUUUCAAUUCGGUGUCACCCCCUAAGAUGGUGUCACCUGGUGUGGUCUGCAUCCCCCGAACCCCCCUUGCUACGACACUGAUGAAGUCGACAAACUUGGCAUUUUCAAAUUUAAUAUUAAAUAAUAUUAAAUUGGUUCCUUUCAGACCCAUGGUUCCCUGAUGAUAUAAACAAUGGUAAAGCUGAAUAUGUGUUUUUUGUCUUUGGUGGUCUGAUGGUACUUUUCUUCCUUGGCUAUCUCCCUGCUGCUUAUGCAUACAAAUAUCAGGAAUUCCAAACAGAUGAGGAAGCAGAGACAAGGGCAAAGAACUCAGAAUCAAAUAAUGGGCAUACCAACAGAAGGCGUCAUGAGAACUUUGCUGAAGACAGUAUCACUAUACUGUGAUGAUAUUAUUUUAAAAUUUAUAACACUGGUUCAGAAACAUGUUUAUGCGAGUAAUUUAUUCAAAUAGUUUUCUUCAUUUCAUUUGUUACCUUACCAGUACACUG